AAAUCUCUGCUUCAGUACUAAACUUUCCCAGAAACUCACCAUCUUUGAAUCUUCCUUUGAUUUUCAACACUUCAUUACUCUUAAUAUUCGUCAACUGCCCACUGUAUGAACCCACGUACACGCCAUCAUCUCUGUAUAUAUAUACACGCACAUAUGGGCACAUGGUAGUCAUAUAACUUGUUAGGUUAAUUUAUCUCUAGAGAAGAACAAAGAGGGGAAAAAAGAGAGAGAGUCUAUUCAGCCAUUGUUAAUCGAUUUUAAGGAGCUCUGUUUGUUUAUUGUGUUUGGUGGGACAAGUUGAGGCCCUUGUUCAGUACUUGUUCAUCAACAGAUGGGUCUGUCUCUUUCACUUAUCUUCCCAGUUUGCAAGGAGGUCUUGAAAAACCAGUUUUUCUGCUUGAAGAACUAUUUUGUCGGUGUCAAGAAACCCGUCGCAAGAGUCAGGUCCCUUAGCUUUAAACUAAAAGACGGAGGGUUGAGAUCAAGAAGCAACAGUUUCAAGAAAGACACGGUCGGAAAUUCUCCUAAGCUUGAUCAAAGUACUUCAAUGGAGCGGUCGUUAAGUUUCGAAAACUGGGGGGAUCCUAAAGAGUGCAGGGCUGCUGAAUCAGUGGAAGAGUCAGAUGAAGAAGUCCUCAACACAAAGAGAUCACCUUCUAAUACUCUGAACGGAAGAACAUGUGAAAGAAUCCAAAUCACGAAACCCACAGUUACUCUCCCUGAACCUGUCGUGUUCUUCUCUCCAAGACCAGUUACCGAACUCGAUGCCGCUGCAACUAAGUUACAAAAGGUGUACAAGAGUUACCGGACAAGAAGGAACUUAGCAGAUUGUGCAGUUGUGGUCGAAGAGCUCUGGUGGAAGACUCUGGAUGCUGCUACUCUGAAUUUGAGCUCAGUAUCAUUCUUUGACAUUGAGAAACACGAAACCGCGGUUUCAAAGUGGGCACGAGCUAAGAAACGAGCUGCUAAGGUUGGUAAAGGCUUGUCAAAAGAUGAAAAGGCUCAGAAAUUGGCUCUUCAGCAUUGGCUUGAAGCUAUUGAUCCCCGGCACCGUUAUGGCCACAACUUACACUUCUAUUAUGAUGUAUGGUCAGCAAGCAAGAGCACACAACCAUUCUUCUACUGGUUGGACAUCGGUGAUGGCAAAGAUAUCAAUCUUGAGAACCACCCGAGAAGCGUUCUGCAAAAACAGUGCAUCAAAUAUCUCGGGCCGAACGAGAGAGAGGCGUUUGAAGUGACCGUGGAAGACGGGAGACUUAUGUACAGACAAAGCAGGAUUCUGAUCAAUACAACAGAGGAUACAAAGUGGAUCUUUGUACUUAGCACUUCCAGAGCUUUAUACGUAGGUCAGAAGAAGAAAGGCGUAUUCCAGCACUCUAGUUUCUUAUCCGGAGGCGCCACAACCGCUGCAGGAAGAAUGGUCGCCCAUGACGGGAUUCUCGAGGCUAUAUGGCCAUACAGCGGGCAUUACCUCCCGACCGAAGACAACUUCAACGAGUUCAUAAGCUUUCUGAAAGAGAACAACGUUGAUCUCACCAAUGUUAAGAGAUGUUCAGUGAACGAGGAAUAUUCAUCAUCAUUCAAAUCAACCGAUGGAGAAGAAGAAGAAUCAAGACCAGAGGGGAAAGAGGAAGGCGAAGUACCUUCAGAAACAGCUUCUGCAGAGAAGAAAGAAGUAUUCGAACUGGCGAAGAGGUUGUCCUGCAAAUGGACAAGCGGUGUUGGACCGAGAAUCGGUUGUGUGAGAGAUUACCCGAUGGAGUUGCAGUCGCAGGCACUUGAACAAGUCAAUCUCUCGCCUAGGGUUUCGCCAGCUUCAAGCCGCCUUCUGGCUUCCGCUCCCAUUCCUUCUCCACGGCCUAGCCCUAGAGUCCGAGUGUCUCCACGCCUUGCGUACAUGGGAAUCCCUAGCCCUAGGGUACGCGUUAGCUGUUGAAGGCAUACUUUACUUGUUUCACAAGAAAAGGUCUGAUGGUUUUGCUUGGUGGGUUCAGUUACUUGUUGGCCAAGUUAAAGUGUCUUGGCGCAAACAGUUUUUAGGUUAGACAAGUUCUUUGAUUCAUAUCUCAUGGAAGGCUCGAUAUUUGUCUCGUUCAUUUGGUUGAAAAAAAUUGAAUAAUUGUGUAAUGAAUUGAAUAAUUUUCAACCGUUUGAUUGUU